AUGGCCAGUUUGGAGAAUGCUUUUGUUGGGGCGGUUUCCAGUGGAUUAGCCAACCUGGCAGUGUACCCUUUAGAUUUGGCUAAGACAGUUAUUCAGACUCAAUUGAAACAGGGAAACUUGGCUAGUGAAACACCAGAGGGACGUGUCACGGAUGGCUAUGGGUCAGAUUCAGAAUCGCAGGCAAAAGAGACGAAGAAGAAAGGUGUAAGGGAGAUUCAGCCCAGACCGGAAUCACCGAAGGAUGUGCGACUCAAGUCAUUAGAAGAGAGGUACAGGAACACUUUAGAUGUCAUUGUGAAAGUUUAUAAGACGGAGGGAGUGCAAGGGUUAUACCGUGGCCUUGGUGCGUCGUUGCUUGGCAGUUUUAUCCAGAGUUUUUCGUAUUUUUUCUGGUAUACGAUUGUGAGAAGGCAGUAUUUUAAAAUCAAGAAAGUGAAGGGCCAGGCAGCCAAGUUUUCUACAGCCGAGGAGUUGCUUCUCUCCAUGGUGGCUGCUGCGACAUCGCAGGUCUUUACGAACCCGGUCAAUACUGUUUCUACAAAACAACAGACCAGACGCGGCCUAGGUGAGGAUAACAGUUUUCUAGCGGUUGCCAAAGAUGUUUUUGAAGAGAACGGGAUUACUGGGUUUUGGAAGGGCUUGAAAGUCUCUUUAGUGCUCACAAUCAACCCAUCGAUCACAUAUGCAUCUGCGGAGAAAUUGAAGGAUUUGAUAUACAAUGUCGAGUGGAACUCUAAGGAGUUGAACGAUUCGUCGUUGCAGUUGAAACCUAGCCAGAAUUUCUUGAUCGGCGUCCUCUCAAAGAUUAUUUCUACGUUUUUAACCCACCCGCUAAUUGUGGCUAAGGCGUCUUUACAAAGAAACGCAUCCCAGUUUACAAGCUUCCAAGAUGUGCUAGCAUAUUUAUACCGUCACGAAGGUUUCUUAUCCCUCUGGAAGGGAAUUUUGCCGCAGUUACUCAAAGGUGUCAUUGUACAAGGGUUACUAUUUAUGUUCAAAGGAGAGUUGGCUAAGAACAUUAAGAAGUUGCUCUUUAUGUUACAAGUAUAUAGAAAGAGAAGAUUGGCUAAGACCUAUUAA